GCCCAGCCAGGCAGAGUGAAGGGAUGGUUUUUCCUCUUCUUCCUUGUGCUAAGCAGACUCGGACCUAUAUCCGUGCAAGGUGAUCCAGGGCAUGAGGGCGCUCAUGCUCACGGCACAGGCGGUGCUACUAAUCCUACUCCCCAUAGGAGGGGACACUGGUCAGAGUGUUCUGGGAGAACGGAACAAAAAAGAGACAACGAGCACUUCAGUGCUUAGCAACGAACAGCUCCGUCUGCCAGAAACCUGAACCUGCUGUUUCCUCACCAGCAGAGAAACAGGAAGAGGAGGAGGUUCUUACUUACAUGAUAUUUAAAUGCAGUCUGAUGCUCAGACAGUCAGCAGCAAGACAACAUGGAGGUCACAGCUCUCUGCAUCAGACUGAUGAGGACUGGGAUGUUGCUGCUGGUCGCACAAGCUGCCUUCAGUUAUUCCCAAAAAGCUGAUGCAGCUUUUCCUCAGGUGGUUCCAAACAGACAGCAGCACUUUGAAUAUGAUCCUCUUGUUAUCAGCUGUGAGGGACUGGAGGGAUGGAAGCUGAUCAGGAGAAUCAGAGGAGUAGUUAAAUCAUGUUCUACUUCCUGGUCAACAUCUGGACCCUGUGAAAUUAAAUCUACCAUUUCAGCAGUUGACAGUGGAGAGUACUGGUGUGAAAUGGGAGUAAAGACCAGUUACACUGUCAACAUCACUGUCACUGGUGGUCCAGUGAUCCUGGAGAGUCCUGUCCUUCCUGUGAUGGAGGGAGAAGCUGCCACUCUGAGCUGCAGAGAUAAGCAGGAAUCCCCCAACCUCACAGCUGAAUUCUUUAAGGAUGGCCACUUGAUGGAGAGAAGCUCUACGGUAAACAUGACCAUCCACAGAGUUAACGAGUCUGAUGAAGGAGUCUACAAGUGCAGGAUCUCUAAUGGAGGAGAAUCACCAGAGAGCUGGCUGACGGUCAGAGAGGCUAGUUCUACCUCCUCCAGUCCUACCUCCUCCAGUUCUACCUCCUCCAGUUCUGUCCUAUGGAUCGUUGUCUCUGUUUUGUUGGUGGUUCUUCUGUCGGCGGUCGGACUGCUUCACUUUGGCAAUGUUUUUUGGCACAGAGAUGAGGAUGAUUUUUUGUCCAGAGCUCUUUACUACACCUUUGGCCUGGGAGACACUCAACACCUGGAUCAACAAGUGACAGCUGACUGAAGGAGGAGCUUUAAAAGACGUGACAACAAUUAAUCACACAGUAAAUAAGCAAAGCCAUCUGAGUGACAUGAGGAAGUACAAUAGCCCAUGUGUUAUGUACUGAAAACAAUUACGGUACAAAAUGUAUGAGUAUAAUAAUAAUGGAAUAACAAAUUGAGCACAACAUGUGUACAUUGUGAAUAUUCAUAUUAAAUAAUGGUGUAUAUUGUGAGCUGGACUGACUUGGUUGUGAGAUCAUAUGAAGUUUUGAAGCACUUUAAAAUGGACUAAUGUCUUCAUGCAGCCUUCAUCUGAAUUCUUUGAUGAACUUAAGUAUCUGUUUCUAUUUUUAAUAAGUAUCAGUUUAUUAUGGUCUAACGGUUAAAGUGACUUGUUCCAUCUCUGUCUGUUCACAUGUGUGAGAACACCGGCACAGAGCUGCCUCCGCUUUUAAAUACAUUGUGGUCAACUUCUAACUUAAUAGAAAUACAUCGCUGUUAUCUGAAGCGGACACACUUAGUUCUUUGUUAACACUGUAUUAUGUUUGCUAUGAAAAUAGCACAUAUCUCAUGAAAGUGCAAAGGUUUCUGAUGAGAAAAUGUGGAGUUAAAAAACUGCUAUUACAGUGUAGAAAAAGGUCAAGUUGCACCUGUCAAUCUGUGAUGUUCUGUGAUACAAAACAUCACUUUUUUUAGGGUCCUUGUCAUUUUUAUGAGGCUGAUAGUUCUUGUUUUAACACAGACUCUGGCCUUGCUUUUAUAAAUGAUGUUUCUAAACAGUGUGUGACAUGAUUAAAAGGUCAUUGAUUUGCAAAUAGGCAUUUAUUCGCUUACCUGACAUAACCCCACAUUAUUUUAGAAGAGCAUGGAUUAAUGAGUAAUGGUAACUUGUGGCAGUAAGUCAUAAAUUAGUAUGGCGAAAACGUACACAAUUUGAAUUACAAUGGCAGAGUGGCCCUCUUCCUGAAGGCUAUCUGCUCUUGUUCAUUGAACCUGGGGUAGUGGAGAAGGUCUAUUGGAAAGUUAUCUAGCUUUCAUGUAGCGUUAGCAUGCUUCAUCCAGGAUCCAGCAGCAAAAGUGAACUCCAGUCAAUGAGCCACGAUGU